CAAGCCACUGCUUCUGUCACGCAAAUAUCGCGUGAAGAAAAUCAUGGCGGACUAGUGGGUGCAUGGAUUCCGCUACUUGCUACUCGUCGACGACGCCUGGAAGCUAAUUUCUACCAACAGGCGACUUACUCCGGAGCAGAUAAAAAUGUUUCGUCGGUCGAGAUUCAGCGUCCGGCCCAAUGUCGGUACAGGAGGGAGAGCACCUGCAGCACCUCAGGAAGCCCCUUCAGCGAAUCAGGAUCCCAAGGAGACCUCCAGAGAUGUCGCUGAGGGCAACAGCGGUCCUGCUGUGACUGAUGACAAGUCUGUUGUCACCCCAGAAAAAAAUGCAGCCUUGGGGGAUGGCAAUGACCAGAAUGGGGAAGGUGGCAGCUCCUCAGCUGCGCUCCAGAGAAGGAAACGAUUUUCUGUCAAGCCCAAAGUGGCGCCGGGCCGCCUCGCACCGCUUGCUCGAGCAGCAAAAUCUCCUGUCAAGCCAGUCUCUGAAAUUGCUGUUGAAGCCUCUGGCUCAGACAUUAAAAAAAUGACAACAUCCAGCCAAGCCAGUCCUACAGCAGCUUCCCCUGGACUUCGGUCUCCAAGGCGACGGAGGCCUUCAGAAGACAUCAAGCAGGCUAAAGUGCAGCCUAAACCCACACACGUCCCUCCAGAAAGUAAAGCUGCUUCAGCUGUUCCCCCUGCCGAGAACUCGCUUAAGCCAGCAGACAGUGGCCAACAGUUAGAAAGCACCUCAGGCAGCCAGGUUAAAGAAGCUCCUCCCAGAGUACCCUUCCUUAUACCAGAUAAAGAAGCCCUUGAGCUGUCGGAGAAAGCCAAGACUCUCGUGUCUUCUAAGAGUAAGCUUUCGCUGUCACCUUCAGCGUUGUCGUUGAGUAGGCUCCUGAACGACCCGUCAGAUUUACAGAGACUGGCAAAGGCCCAGAAGCUCAAAGAGCUGCUCCGGGAGGAGAGACACAAAGAAAAGAAACGCAGGAAGGCUAAGACGCGUCUAAAGGAAUUUACUUUAGAUCCUACCAAAAUGACCAUGAGGGACCUUCUUCACUAUGUCCCACUCUCUAACCCCAUGUCCUCCAGCUUAGAAAAUUCAACUCAGGAGGAAGAGACGGUGAUUCCAGCAUCACCAGGAAGUACGUCUCCAGAAAGAGCACAGCAACCUGACAUCGUCCCUAAAAUAAUGAGUCCAAGGGAGGAGGAAGAUGAGGAAGCAGAUGAAGAGGGGGACGAAGGUCUCAUGGUUCCUCAGGUCAAAGUAGCAGAGGAUGGCUCAUUGAUAAUUGAUGAAGAAAGCUUAACAGUGGAGGUCCAGCGAGCAAAAGGGCCAAACCCAGUACAUGACCGAGAUCCCAUCUUUGAACGUGGCUCCACUACAACCUAUUCCAGCUUCAGGAAGGGGACCUGUUCAAAGCCUUGGUGUAGUGAAGAGACGGACAUGUUCUUUCUGGCCAUUAGUAUGGUGGGGACAGACUUCUCCAUGAUUUGCCAGCUCUUUCCUCACAGAGCUCGAGCAGAGAUAAAGAACAAGUUCAAAAAAGAAGAACGACAGAAUGCCUGGCGGAUCGACAAAGCUUUCAGAGAAAGACGCAAGUUGGACAUAGAAUAUUUCUCUAAGCUGCUAGAGAAAAUUAUGGAAGUUCAGCAAAACAGGAAGAAACUCAAGUCACUUGCUGAGAAACCUCCCAGGAAGAGAAAAGCAAAGGGAAGAAAGUCUGCAAAGAAGCUGAGUGAUGUAGAAGAGGAAGGCGAGGAAGAUGAGAACCUACCGGAUUUGGAGGACGAGGAGGGGGGAGGAAAGGAGAACGAGCUUCUCUGUAAUGAAGGGGAGGCCACUGCUUCCAAACCUAUAAAGCAACUGAAAAGAAAGACCGGAGAGGAUACUUCAAGAAAGGAGCCGCGUAAGAAGAGAAGCAAAAAGGGGGAAAAGAGCAGCGAUCAAGAUGAGCCCGACACACCUCAGGACACUGAAGCAGCACUUCCUGAGGAUCCCAAAAACUCAGACAAUUCUUUGAACGGUGAAAAUACGGACGCCAAAGACACCGCAGUCACGCCCGCUAAACUUUCGCGAGGCAGAGCACCAAAACCAUUACUGCCUUUGGGUCGAAAGCUGGGUAAGAAGGUCCCACCGCCCUCCACCAAAGCCAAAGAGAGUGCAGAUGAGAAUCUGACUGAUGCAAACUCCAAGAAGGUAAAUGAAGCUGCAUCAAAAAGUUCCGCUAAUGAGGAGAAUUCCUCUGAUGACGACCAAGCUCCUGUUGCACCUCCAAAACCUACCAGGUAUGGGAGAGUUCCCAAACCCACUAAGCCGGUGUCUGAACCCGCAUCUUCCUCACCAGUGCAGCAGUCCCCCCCUGCUGCCAAGCCCAAACCUAAAUGCACGGCCAAGAGGGGGAGAUCAUCAGCGCCAGAAUCUGACCAGGAGUCCAAAAAGCCCAGGCUGGUCACCCUCAGAGCUUCUCAGUCGGAUGAGAGCGACGAGGAGAAUGGACAGCAGUGGGAGCAAGAAGAGGGUGAGGAGGAGCUGAACCCAGCAUGUAGCCCCAUUGAGGAUAGCACUGCCCCUGCGUUUGUGCCUGCCAGCCUGCGCUCCCCCCAGGCUAAAAUUUCAAUGGUGGAGGAGACAAUGGAGGAGCUUGAUAUCUUGGCCAAUAUACCCGAUGUACUGGGCAUCUCCCAAGUUGCACUGUGCCCUGAUGCCUCUUGUGAGGAGGCACAUAAUGAGACGUGUGAUCAUCAGUUGGAUCUGCUAGUUGAUGUUAUUGACUUCCUUUCUUCAGAACACACAGAAGGUACUGAGGAGGAAAGCUACAACGAGGCUGCUCAAACCCUGUUGACCAUCGGGAACCUUUACUCACAGGAUCAAGCAGACACAGAAGCUCACGUACCAGCUGCAGGGACAACGUCAAACAAUGAAACAAGUGCCACCGAGGAGCAACAAGCAGACAACGGCGACAAUGAUCAGAUUUGUGAUGAGCAGUGGACGAGUUCUGAUCCAAACCCUGUCCCUCACCUUCAGUCAAGUACAGAGAGUUUAGAGAAAAGUCCGCCGCAAACUGUGCUGGAUCUUGAACUCUGUCAACCUCCAAAGGCUGAAAGCCAGUUUGAACCCAGUUUUGAACAAGCCAACCAGGAGAGAGGCUCAACGUCUUCACAGGCUGAAGUGACUGAGAGCAAGAGUAGCUCAACAGCACCUGGCAAAUCAGUCACAGAGUCACAACUUAAAGAAGGAUUAAACACAGAUUCUGCCCCAAAUCAAAAAGAUGGUCACCAAUCUGCUGCUUUCAUUGGAUCAUCUGAAGAAGAUUUACCUGUCAGUCAUGAAGCACAGAGUGAGAUUGCGUCUUCACAGCCAAAAAGAAGCCGCAUGCAGAAAGUCAAACCCAACUUGCCACCGACAUGUAGAGCUGCUCGGUCAAAACCUCAGGCCACGAAAAGUCCAAUCCCCAAACCAGUAGCAGAGGUAGAACCAGAACCGAGUUGUGCCACCCCUUCAGAAAAGUCGACUGAAAACACUGGUCUGGUGUCAGACUUGAAACCGCCGUUAAAUUUAGGUACUACAGAGGAACAACCUAAAGCCGAGGAGAAAAAUCUAGACAAAGCAACAUUUGGUCAAGUUGAUUUAGAUGCAGCAACAUCAGGUGGAAAUUCCUCAGGACACAAAAUUAUUUUGGAAGACAACUUUCAGCUGAGUAAUGAAGAUUCCAGAACUUUUUCAGUAUCAGCUUCUACAUCUACAAAUGAAAAAACAAUGGCUUAUACGACUGAGAGUGGUUCUAAUGUAGAAUCUCCUGAAAUGUCACACAGAGAAACGGUUGAGGAAGGAUUGAAUACAGAUACAGUCCUAAUCCAGGACAAAGGUGACCAAUCUGAUGUUGUGGUUAAAUCUGCAGCAAGAGACUUACCAGUCAGCCAAGAAGCACAGGGUGAAGUUGCAUCUCCUUUACAGCCAAGAAGGAGCCGAAUGCAGAAAGUCAAACCCAACCUGCCACUGACAUGUAGAACUGCUCGGUCAAAGCCCCAGGUCACAAAAGCCUCUGAAGGAAAACUGAUUGAAAGCACUGCUCCAGUGUCAGAUCUGUCAGAAUCCCAGGACUUAAGCAGUUCUCUGCCACCCACAGAUGAGGGGAAGAAAACAGACCAUGCAAUGCUUGGUCAGAAUGAUUCAGGUGCAGCAGGUGGAAGUUCUGUGGGAAACCUCCAGCCCAGAAGUGAACAGACAGGAUCAGCAUCUGAGUCCACAACACCUACAUCACUGGGGAAAGAUCUGCCGGUCAGUCAAAAAGUAGUGAUCUCUGAAUCUAGUAAAGACAUAAUGGCAGAGGUGGAAGAUCAGUCAACUGGUACUGCUGAAAAAUCAAGUCAAAGUAGCAGCACUGCAGUUUCAGUACCAUCACUGGAAUCAUCCAUUAAAACAGAGGAACAAAAGACAGCUGUUGGGUUCGAGCUCGACUCAAGCUCAGAAAGCUCAGAAUCAAGUGUUGCUCACAGAAGGCGGCGCUCUGUCAAAGUCAAGCCCAAACCCAAUCUAACGUCUUCAAUCAAAGCAUCGCGGACAAAAUUGCCCCCCAAGGGAACCUGUAAAACCCCAGAUCAGCAGCAGAUGAACACGCCUUCGAGUGAAAUGGAAGAGCAACAGUCUGAGCACGCAAGCACUGUACAUUCAGAACCCGAGCCCACGGAAAAAGAGGGUGAGAACCGGAUGUCAGUACAUUUAUCCGUGAAUACCCAACCACUCGACUCAGUGAAAGCUGCUGCAGCAGAGAUGGAGACAUCACUGGAUUGCACAGGUGAUAAGGAUGCGUCCUCUGUGUUAGCUUCCACUCAGGUCGCUGAGAUUUGUUCGCUACUGACAGCUGCAGCUCCUGAAAAGGGAAGUGGUGAAACAUCCACAGGGGACAAAAUGUCAAGUAACACUGAAGUGGAAGUCAAAGGAGGAAGCGAAGUAGAUGUCUCUACUGGAGCUACAGAGUUAAAAACCCAGCCACCGGAUUCUGCUGAAUUUUCAAGUUUCCAAAUUUUAGAAAAGGACCGCACAAAAUCAGAAAUAAAUUCUGCAUCCACUACUAAACUAGAUAAGGAGGAAAACAAAAGUCAAGCUGCAGCGGAACAGGCGUCUAAAACCACUGAAGUCAGUCAAAGUUCAGAUGAAAGAUCUCAGUCUGCUCACAGUACUGAUGAAUCACAGUUGGAGUCAAGUGGCUCUACCUUCACGAACAAAGCUCGUCCAGCUCGCAGAGGCAGGCUCAUAAAACCUAAACCCAACCUGGCCCGCAGCAGUCAGCUUCCAAGGGUGCAGCCAGCCCAGAAUGAAGCACAAGCAGAUUGUAGCACUUCAAAGGUUGUGGAUGCUUCUGUUUCCCACGAAGCUGUGCGUGAACGCAGACCCGAGAAGGAGCCAGCAGGGGGCGCUGCUGAACAAGAGAGUCGCCCAGAGCCUCACUCUGGCGCUGCUGCGGUACAACUGGGUCAACCUAACCCUCCAUCACAUGACGCUGAAUCCUCUCUGGGGUGUUUAACUCAAGUCCCACCUACCCAGAGUGUUCCAACAUCCAGUGCAGAAGGAACCCAAAGCCGUCCAUGUCUCCCCUUGUUCUCAGACAUGCUGUUAGAGCAGGUGCCUUCAGAUCCAGAUGAGCCCUUUUUCAUCCUCUCUCUGACUGAAAUCCCGGUCUCCUCAUCAGGGGAGGUGGUGGACAGUGCAGCUGAGCCCCUCUCCUAUCUUCCUGUCACAGAUGCUUCAAUACCCCAACUGAGCGGGCUUCCUGGAGAACAGGGGGAGGCAGCAGCAGGAGAUGCGUCUGCUUCUGGCGUCCCUGUGCUCACGUCCACAGAGCAGAGUGGAGAGACGAGCAGCAUCAACAUAAAUGAUUCUGGGCGUGUCCUGGCUGCACAUGAAAAGGAUUCCACAAUGGAGCAUUCAGUGGAUGUGGAACAAGCGAGUCCAACAGUCCAGUCACCCAAGACUGUAGAGAAUAAUAACGAUUCUACAAGUACCUCAACAAAGCUGAGACCAAGAGGCACCGGAAGAAAAGCAGCCAAAAUACCGGUCAAGCCCACGAAGGGGAGGACAAAACAAAGCGGCAAAGCCCUCGUUCCAGACCUCACCCCAACUGUGGAGCCAAACGCCUGCGAUGCAACAGCAAAUGCAGGCGAUGAGGUCACUACUGAAAGCCAGACAGAAAGGGGGGAUCAAGUGGAGACUCGAGCAUGCGGCUCAGAGGCGUCGACGGCUAGGGCCCGCAGACGGACGAGCAUUCCUGCACCUGCCAAAGCCGCUUCCUCCAUCUCUAAAGUCAAAGCCCCACGUAGAGCUGGACAACGUUCCAGCACAACGCCUCGGAACGUCGCGCCCGCACAGUCACCACAGGAAGUUCCCUCCUCGCCACAGACGCAGAGGAGAGCUGAACGGAGCACGACCCCAACAGCUGGCUGUUGUCAGAGCCCAGAGGUUACAGCUUCUCGGGAAAGCGACUGCGUGCAGAUCAGCUCGGCGGAGGAGGAGCCAACCAGUGUCUCCCAGUACUUUUUAAGUGACAUCUUUACAGACGUAGCGGAGGUAUAAACAUGUGCACAGCUUGUGUUGAAAAACAUUUGUUUUCGCUAAACGGUGCAAAGAUUCAUUUAUAGGGUGCCCUGCUGCCCGUUCUAAUGAUGUGAAUUUGUAUAUAUAUAAUAAUUUUUAAAUUUCACCCAUCAGUUGUUAGCACUUGCUGGAAGGAGGUGGCAGCUGUACCCCAAUAGUUCAAUAUUGGGACUUAAUUUGCUGUGAAAAUGUAAAUAUUGUACAGUAGCAAACGGGCGUUUGAUUCCCUCGUUCUGACUGAACAACGGCCUCAGGAAGACGCGUAAUCAUAUCAUGUACACUUCACCGUACGUUAAAGUGCAUUAACUUCUCAAUGCAGCUCGUCUAUUUAUAGAAUAUAUAUUCAUCAGUUCAGAUUAACUGAUAUUUUUUUGUUGUUGCUUUUUUUUAAAUAAAAACUACUAAAUUGUGUUUAUUUCAAAGUACUCCUCAGACACAGACGUAAGUCGUUGUACUGAGCUGUACAACACGUUCCCGUACACAAUUGCAGCCUUUAAGUUAUUGUUUGAUACCGAAAUAAAAACACGUUAUCUGA